UCAUAUAUUCGGCUUUAAUGCUUUCCCGGUCAGCAACAUCUGGAAGGUAAGGGAAGAUUCCGUUCGCUCGCCGAUCAGCACGCACUUUAUUCUAGAGUUCAGAAUUUCGGGCACCCAUCCCCCACAGACACAGCAAAAGCCAGCUCUAAAGUCGCGUAGAUAAGACGCGCCGAGAUAACGAGCGCAUCACUUGCUGCCCUGGUUCAGCAGUGUUGGUUCCAGCACAGCAGUGGGGUCAAUUAUCGUGUCGCGUGAGGUGGAUGAAUAUAAAACAGUUCGUCUCCGAUCACGUCUCAAGCAGUAUUAAAAUAGUCUUCCACCAGUAACACAAAACAGAAGGGUGCAUUAGCAACAGGUUAAAGGGGGGGCCAGCCAUCACUAGCGCGAUAUCAUGAUGAAGGUACAAACAGUGCGUGGCCCGGUGGAUCCGGAGCAGCUGGGGUACACCCUGACGCAUGAGCACUUUUCGCUCAACUUCGAUAAGAUGUACUCGGCCCCACCGGAUGCGGUGGAGGAAUUCGUUAGCAAGCGAAUUACGCUGGAAAACGUUGGCUACGUGAAGCAGUACCCGUACAGCAGUCGGUACAACAUUAACUUUGAAGAUUUCGAUACGCAUCAGGCGGUGGCGAAGGAUUUGGCCGCAUAUAAAAAGUUUGGUGGUGGUGCAAUCGUUGAGAAUACGUCGCACGGGCUUGGCCGUAACUUGAAGCUGAUGCAUGAAGUGUCGACGGGUGCGAAUGUGCACGUGAUCGCCGGCACUGGUCAUUAUAUUCACGCGAUGCAAGAUGAAACAACGCACGGCAUGAGUGUGGAGCAGAUGGUGGAUCUGUACACGAAGGAACUUCUAUUUGGCGUCGAAGUCCCCGGGCUAGACGAACCGGUAAAGUGUGGCUUUAUCGGUGAGGUCGGUAGCGGUUGGCCGAUCACUCAUUUCGAGCGUAACGCUAUUCAAGCAACGGCAGAAGUACAGGCCGCUAUCGGCUGUGGUGUUUCGUUCCAUCCGGGACGCGAACGAGAUGCCCCGUACGAGAUCGUACGUCUAUAUCUGGAAGCGGGUGGAAGCGCGUCCAAGUGCAUUAUGUCGCAUCUGGAUAGAACGCUGUUUAAAGAUGAGGAUUUGCUAGAGUUUGCCAAGCUGGGUACGUACCUGCAGUUCGAUCUGUUCGGUACGGAGUGUUCGUACUAUCAGCUGAAUCCGGAAUCGUACAUGCAAUCGGACGAGCAGCGUAUCCAGAAAAUUGUACGUCUAAUUCGUGAGGGUUAUACGGAGCGAAUUCUCAUGUCACAUGACAUACACACCAAACAUCGGCUGACGCACUUCGGUGGGCAUGGUUAUAGUCACAUACUGAACAAUGUACUGAUGCGAUUCUCGCUGCGUGGUAUCGACAUUAAGACGGUCGAUACGAUGACCAUCAGCAAUCCGGCACGCUGGCUAGAGAUGAAGAUUUAAGCCCGUAGCUUCUGUAAGGUAAUUAGGGCUGUGUCGGAACCUAGGGCCAGUAUUAUUACUAGUAGCCUGUUUCGCAAAGGUCAAAGGUGCAGAAACAAUCCGGGUUCCGUGGUGUUCCGCUCCAGAAGUGCACUGUUAAAAUAAACGACCCAACAGCUCUAGUUUGUGCUA